AUGAAACAAGUUCCAAAAGAAGAUCGUAUAAAAAUACUUACUUUAAAUGAACUAGGUUAUUCAAAACAUGAAAUUGCUAGAUAUGUAAAUGUUGCACCCUCAACAGUUAUUAGGACAAUCCAAAGAGAUCAAGAAACUAGCAAAAGUAAAGACCGAAAAAAAUCUGGAUGUCCAAGAAUUUUCUUAGCUAAUGAUGAAAAAGAAAUUAUUAAGCUAUUAGACUCUAACAAAGGUUCAACAGUGACUGAAAUCCAUGCUAACUAUAUUAAUGAAACAAAUAACCAAGUUUCAGUUGAAACAAUAAGAAAUACACUAAAAAAAAAUAGAUUUGUAUUCUGA